AUGGACCCAGGAAAUGAAACAGGAAUUUCAGAAUUUCUUCUAAUGGGAUUUUCAGAAGAACCACAACUGCAGCCCCUCAUAUUUAGGACGUUCCUUUCCAUGUACCUGAUCACUGUGUUUGGGAACUUGCUCAUCAUAUUGGCCAUCAGCUCUGACUCCCAACUUCACACGCCCAUGUACUUCUUCCUCGCACUGUCCUUUGUAGACAUCUGCUUCACCUCCACCACCAUCCCCAAGAUGCUGUGGAACAUCCAGACUCAGAACAAGGUCAUAACCUAUGCAUACUGGAUCACCCAGAUGUUCUUUUUCACACUCUUUGGAGAUUUGGACAUGUUUCUCUUGACAGUGAUGGCCUAUGACCGAUUUGUGACCAUCUGUCACCCCCUGCACUACAUGCUUAUCAUGAACCCCCGGCUCUGUGGACUGCUGAUUCUGGUGUCCUGGGUCCUGAGUGCUCUGCAUUCCUUGUUAGAAAGCUUAAUGGUGCUGCUGCUUUCCUUCAGUAGAGUCUUGGAAAUCCCCCAAUUUUUCUGUGAACUCAAUCAGAUGAUCCAACUUGCCUGUUCUGACACCUUUCUCAACAACAUGGUGUUAUAUUUUGGAGCUAUGUUGCUGGCUGGUGGUCCCUUCAUUGGGAUCAUUUGCUCUUACUUUAAGAUAGUUUCUUCCAUACGUGGGAUCUCAUCAGCUCAGGGCAAGUAUAAAGCAUUUUCUACCUGUGUGUCUCACCUCUCAAUGGUCUCUUUAUUUUGUUGUACAAGCUUAGGGGUGUACCUUAGUUCUGCUACUACCCAGACCUCACACUCAAGUGCCACAGCCUCAAUGAUGUACACGGUGGUCACGCCCAUGCUGAACCCCUUCAUCUACAGCCUGAGGAACAAAGGCAUAAAAGAGGCUCUGAGGAGACUCUUUGGGAUGAUGGAACAUGUUAUACUAUAUGUCCAUACUGAUGAGAAAAAUCCAGAUGAAAGAAUUCUCCCAACCAUGCCCAUUUAUGUGAAAUUUUCUCAUGUUAUUUUCCCCUUUACAGGUAGUCACCUCUGCUACAUGGACCCAGGAAACAAUACAGGAGUUUCAGAAUUUCUUCUUAUGGGAUUAUCAGAAGAACCAGAACUGCAGCCCCUCAUAUUUGGGACUUUCCUUUCCAUGUACCUGAUCACUGUGUUUGGAAACCUGCUCAUCAUAUUGGCCAUCAGCUCUGACUCCCAACUUCACACACCCAUGUACUUCUUCCUCGCCAACCUGUCCUUUGUAGACAUCUGCUUCACAUCCACCACCGUCCCCAAGAUGCUGUGGAACAUCCAGACUCAGAGCAAAGUCAUAACCUAUGCAGACUGCAUCACUCAGAUGUACUUUUUCACACUUUUUGCAGGUUUAGACAUGUUUCUGUUGACAGUGAUGGCCUAUGACCGGUUUGUGGCCAUCUGUCAGCCCCUGCACUACAUGGUCAUCAUGAGCCCCCGGCUCUGUGGACUGCUGGUUCUGGGGUCCUGGGUCCUGAGUGCUCUGCAUUCCUUGUUAGAAAGCUUAAUGGUGUUGCCAUUGUCCUUCUGUACAGUCUUGGAAAUCCCCCACUUUUACUGUGAACUCAAUCAGAUGAUCCAACUUGCCUGUUCUGACACCUUUCUCAACAACAUGGUGGUAUAUUUUUUAGCUAUGUUGCUGGGAGGAGGUCCCUUCAUUGGGAUCAUUUGUUCUUAUUUUAAGAUAAUUUCUUCCGUACGUGGGAUCUCAUCAGCUCAGGGCAAGUAUAAAGCAUUUUCUACCUGUGCAUCUCACCUCUCAGUGGUCUCUUUAUUCUGUUGUACGAGCUUAGGGGUAUAUCUUAGUUCUGCUGCUACCCAGAGCUCACACUCAAGUGCCACAGCCUCAGUGAUGUACACGGUGGUCACGCCCAUGCUGAACCCCUUCAUCUACAGCCUGAGGAACAAAGACAUAAAAGAGGCUCUGAGGAGAAUCUUUGGGAUGGUAGCUACAAAAGGGCAAGCUGUCCUGGGAUGA